AGUGUUUGUUCGGACAGCAGCAGCCAGUUGGUCGCUCAGAAAAGCAGCAGCAAAGUUCUUAUGAAGGAAAACCUCACAUUUCAUAGAAUAAACACACCAGCAGCCGACUGGACGUCCUGGAGCUGAAGAGCAGCAUGUGGGAAGAAAACGUCGACAGCGAGCAUGAGGUCGGACAUAAACCCGACUACUCGCCAGUGUCGUGGCAAGAGUAUUUUGACCAGAUGGAGGACGUUGCCGUGGGAGCAACCGACAGCCGGGACGUCUUCAGGAUCUACAAAGCAGGAAGUGAUGGACCGCUGCUGGUUCUUCUACAUGGAGGAGGACACUCGGCUCUGUCCUGGGCUGUCUUUACCACGGCCAUCGCCAGCAGAGUGAUCUGUAGGGUUCUGGCCAUGGACCUCCGAGGUCAUGGUGACACUCUUGUCCGCCAAUCAGACGACUUCUCAACUCAAACCAUGUCCAGCGAUGUGGCCAAUGUGAUUCGAGCUUGCUACGGCGAGACUCCUCCCCCUAUCGUCCUGAUUGGCCACGGCGUCGGCGGGGCGAUCGCGGUGCACACGGCGAGCAACACGCUGCUUCCUGCCACCGUGGGCCUGGUGGCCAUAGACGUGGUGGAGGGCAGUGCCAUGGACGCACUCCACAGCAUCCAGAACUUCCUGAAGGGACGACCCAAGUCCUUCAAGUCCAUGGACCACGCGAUAGAGUGGAGCGUAAAGAGCGGUCAAAUCAGAAACCUGGAAUCCGCCAGAGUCUCAAUGGUUGGUCAGGUAAAAAGAUGCGAAGCGGAGGAAGCCGACACUCUGGAGCAGCCCAGUCCGGUGCCCGACAUGGUCGUCGAACGGAACGAAGAGUUCUACGAUCAGAGCUAUGUGAACGACAAAGAGAACGCAGCAUCAGAGAGUGUGUACCGGUGGCGUAUAGACCUGUCGAAGUCGGAGAAGUAUUGGGACGGCUGGUUCAGAGGAACCUCCAACCUCUUCCUGUCCUGUAACCUGCCCAAACUGCUGCUGUUGGCAGGAAUCGACCGGCUGGACAGAGAUCUGACGAUCGGCCAGAUGCAAGGUAAAUUCAUGAUGCAGGUGCUGCCCCCUUGUGGCCACGCAGUGCAAGAAGACAAGCCAGAGAAGGUGGCUGAAGCUGUGGCCGCCUUCCUGUUGAGACACAAGUUCGCUGAAGCCAGAAAAGAAACCAAGAAGUCGGAAAAAGAAAUCUGCAAUGAAAACUAGAGCUAGUUAGAAUGGAACUACAGCGACAUUCUCUGAUAGUAAAACUCUAACGCUGUGUGAGGCUACUGCUGGCUGUGUUCAAAGUGCUGAUGUACAGAAUAAAACUAGUGAAAACCA